AUGGUUACAAAUGACCGCCCGGCAUACAUCUUUGAUCAAUCCCGCUACAAAUACCAUACUGCGGUUGACAUCGACCGCAAGGAGAUCAUUCAAGCAUGUGAUGUGAACGGAGUCGCGGUCCAUAGUCGUGAACGGACGAUUCGCGACUUGAAUGACACCGACAUGAUCGCUGGCGUCAAUGCAUCGAAUCCAUUUCAGAAAGCACAGGUCGUUCUGGAUAACCCUGACGCGGACCGACUGAUUGGAGAGAUGAUGAUCUCUGAGAAAAGAGAAUUCUUUUGGUGUUAUCUUCAUGGGUUGAUGCACAUAUCGGGACUCGAAGUGACAUUAUUUGCAAGUUGCUUCUGUGGUCCCGAUCUAACCAUUGGAAGAUACGGUGGCUGGCCAUUGACAACAGAGGAAGGUCACAAUGUACAUAUCAAUAUUUCUUGA